CAGGGUACAAAUCUCUGAAUUCACCUUAAUUUCAAUCAAGAUUUCAACUUUUCCAAGGAAAAAUAAAAGAUGUUGGAGCAGCUUCUGAUCCUUUCAAGAGGCGGCCUGAUUCUCUGGUACAAACAACUAAGCAACGCUCUCAAGGGAUCUCCGAUCGAAACCCUAAUCAAAUCCUGCCUCCUCGAGGAGCGAUCCGCCGAGACCUCCUUCAACUACGACGCCGGCGGCGGCGGUGGGGCCUACACCCUGAAAUGGACCUUUCACAACGAUCUCGGCCUCGUCUUCGUCGGUCGUGAAUUCGAGCAGAUCUACGAUCCGAAGAGGACUAGCUACGACGAGUUCGAUGAGAUCUUUCGGCAGCUUCAGAAGGAGGCGGAGGCGAGGGCGGAGGAGAUGAAGAAAUUGAAACAGUCUGGAAAGAAUCCUUCCAAUUUAGGGAAGAAGGCUUGGGGGACUGGGUCGUUGAUGAACAAGAGGAAGAGUGGCAAAAGUGGUAAUAAUGAUGGUAAGUCUCGCGGCGAUGAUGGAGAUGGAGAUGGAGAUGAGAGUAAUGGAAAAUGGUUAGCUAAUGGUAAAGCAAAUGGGAAGGAGAAUAAUGGGGUUAAAGAAUCCCGAUCGCUUCCCAAUGUUGUUGUUAAAGGUAAAGAGAAUGGGAACCCCGAUGAGGGGGCUUUCGAUGUACAUAAGUUACAGAAAUUGCGAGCGAAAGGAGGGAAGAAGACUGAUGCUAACACUAACACUAAUAAGGGUGUGAGAGGGGAAGAGAAAAAGAUUGUGAAGAAGAAUAGGGUUUGGGAUGACGCGAAGGAGGAGGAUGCCAAGCUGGAUUUUACGGAUCCUGUUGGUGAGGGAGGGGAUGAGGUUCGAGGGGUUGUGGCAGUUGAUGAGGGUGAGAGUAUGAUGGAUAAGGAGGAAAUUCUGAGUAGCGAGGACGAGGAUGAUGAGGAAAUGGAGAGUGCUAAGCCUAGUGCAAAGAAGAAGGGCUGGUUUUCGUCAAUGUUUCAGAGCAUUUCAGGAAACUCUGUCUUGGAGAAGUCGAACUUGAAACCAGCACUGAAGGCUCUCAAGGAUAGGUUGAUGACUAAAAAUGUGGCAGAGGAAAUAGCUGAGAAGCUUUGUGAAUCAGUAGCCGCUAGUCUUGAAGGGAAGAAGUUGGGAUCAUUCACGAGAGUCUCUUCGACUGUCCAGACGGCAAUGGAAGAGGCCCUUCUUCGUAUCUUAACUCCAAGGCGAUCCAUUGAUAUUUUGAGAGAUGUGCAUGCUGCUAAGGAACAGGGGAAACCAUAUGUUAUUGUUUUUGUUGGUGUUAAUGGAGUUGGGAAGUCCACAAAUCUUGCGAAGGUCGCAUACUGGCUGCUACAGCAUAAUGUUAGUGUAAUGAUGGCAGCAUGUGAUACCUUCAGGUCUGGUGCUGUUGAGCAGCUGAGGACACAUGCUCGUAGACUCCAGAUACCUAUAUUUGAGAAGGGCUACGAAAAAGAUCCUGCAAUUGUAGCGAAGGAGGCUAUUCAAGAGGCUAGUCGUAAUAAUUCAGAUGUUGUUCUUGUUGAUACCGCUGGGAGGAUGCAGGAUAAUGAGCCACUGAUGCGAGCCCUGUCAAAGCUGAUAAAUCUAAACAACCCAGAUUUGGUUCUCUUUGUUGGAGAGGCAUUGGUCGGAAAUGAUGCUGUUGAUCAACUGUCAAAAUUUAACCAGAAAUUAGCUGAUCUCUCUACAUUGCCUAAUGCGAGGUUGAUUGAUGGAAUCUUGCUCACUAAGUUUGACACAAUUGAUGAUAAGGUUGGAGCCGCACUUUCCAUGGUCUACAUCUGUGGAGCCCCUGUGAUGUUUGUGGGCUGCGGUCAAUCUUAUACCGAUCUCAAAAAGCUUAACGUCAAGUUCAUUGUCAAAACCCUUCUUAAUUGAAGGUAAAUCUUGGCACUCUGCCUAUUAAGAACUUUAAUAUGUCCACCUCUCAUCAUGACAUAUGAAGAACCUUAAUAUGUCCACCUCUCAUCAUGACUGCUACUUUGUAAGAACUUAUCCCCUGUGAUCUCACUGUCUUGGUACUGGAAAUGAAUCAUUAGUUUAUGGCUUUUGUUUGAAAAUUU